AUGGAUUCCAGCACACUCUGCUUUGGGUCCCUCUGCAGUGAGGGAGUGUCUGUGUGUCUGAUCGAGCUUUUCUCCCGUUCUUUGCAACUACUGUCCUGGAGGCUGAAAUGCAAAAUAAGCCUGGAAGGAGGAACGGUGUGUCAGCUGCGCCCAGACACCGCCUGUAAGAACCGGCCUCUAGACCUCCUCUUCAUCGUAGACAGCUCCCGCAGCGUCCGACCCGAAGAGUUUGAGAAAGUGAAACUCUUCCUGUCAGAAAUGAUUGAUACCCUGGAUGUCGGUGAAAGAACGACGCGCGUGGCUGUCAUGAACUACGCCAGCACUGUCAAGGUGGAGUUUCCCCUCCGGACCCACUUUGACAAAGCCUCUCUGAAGGAGGCUGUGUCCCGCAUUGCGCCCUUGUCUGCUGGCACCAUGACCGGCCUUGCCAUCCAAACUGCCAUGGAAGAAGUCUUCACUGAGGAAAUGGGCGCCCGGCCAGCAACCUUCAGCAUCCCCAGGGUGGUCAUUGUAGUGACGGACGGACGGCCGCAGGACCAGGUCCAAGGUGUGGCGGCGAGCGCGCGGACGGCCGGCAUCGAGAUCUACGCCGUCGGGGUGGGCCGGGCAGACGUGCAGUCCCUGAGGAUGAUGGCCAGCGAGCCCCUGGAUGAACACAUCUUCUAUGUGGAGACCUACGGCGUGAUCGAAAAGCUGACAUCCAGAUUCAGGGAGACCUUCUGUGCUAUGGACCUGUGUGCACCUGGGAGGCACGAGUGUGACCAGAUCUGUGUGAGUAACAACAGAUCCUAUGUCUGUGACUGCUAUGAAGGCUACACCUUGAAUCCAGACAAAAAGACUUGCUCAGCCAUGGACAUGUGUGCACCUGGGAGGCAUGACUGUGCCCAAGUCUGUCUGAGUAAUGAUGGAUCCUACAGCUGUGGCUGCUAUGAAGGAUACACUCUGAAUCCAGACAAGAAGACUUGCUCAGGAGCCAUAACAAGCAGUCUUGUAACUGAAGAGUCCUGUAAGUGUGAAGCCAUAGCUGCCCUCCAGGACUCAGUGACCUCACGCCUCGAAGCUCUGUCCACAAAAUUAGAGGAAGUGUCUGAGAAGCUGCAGGCAUAUCAAGACAGACAGCAAAUUGUCUGAGCUAUCAUUUUGCUUUAUUUUAAAAUAAUCUUUCAGAAUCAAGCCUUUUUAUUGUUUUCCGGAAGCUUUAUUUCAUUGCACAGCUUACAAAACAGCAGUGGUUAAUUAUUAUGGACAAACAUCAAGAAGAUUUCAGGAAGACAAGAGUCUUGAAAAUACAGUGACCCUAAGGAUCUUCAUGUACAGUCACUUUAUAGCCAUGAAGCUACUCAUACCUGCUGUGCUUCAGUGUCUACUGCAGAUACUGCUUUUCUGUAGUAACUGCAUUUUUUAUUCUCUUACUUCAAAGAAAAUACAGGAAAAAAAGAAUGGAUACAGUAUAUUACAUUAUAUAAAACUUUGAAGUGGCAAGGCAGAAUGAAAAAAUGUGCCUAUGCAUUCUUUCAAUUAAAUGGGAAAGUUGGAAUCUUGUAACUUAUUUUAAUAAAAUACAAUAUGAUAUGCA